CUCUCUCUCUCUCUCUCCAUAUUCUCAUAACCUUUCCUCACAAGUAACAACCGUUCCCUCGCUUUUUCACAUUUCCCUUUCUGCCCUUUGUGGUUUGUUCGUUAUGGCUGAGAAUUUGGACGACGGUGAGUUUUGGCUUCCGCCGCAGUUCCUCGACGACAACGACGACGACGAAACGGCCUCGUUCCCCUCGAACGAAGACUCGCUGUACCACUCUAGUGGCGACGACUUUGUGUUUCCCUUCGGCUCCUCCACCGGGGCCGCUUCCUCUGACCUAAGCUCUCCCAUCAGUGGCUCCAGCGAGACCGAGAGCGACGAGGACGACCAUCUCCACCGAGUCGCCGAGUUGACUCAUCGAGUCGCUCACUCAACUGUGCAGGGCGGUUACGCAUCUGGUUCGCCACAAUCGACGCUAUGCGCCUUCCGGUGCGGGAAUGGGUCGAGCGAGGGAAGUCCUAGCAGCGUUUGCAACCUCUGCUCCGCAAAGGCCACAUGGGAUCUCCUGCACGCGGCUGCAGGGGAAGUCGAAAGGAUGCGCCUCUCCCAACAACAACAACAACAACAGCAAUCACAAUUACCAUCUUACCCCUACAACCCUUCCCCUUCCAUUCCCAACACAGCCGCCGGCGCCAAUUCGGACUUUUCAUUCUACACUCAACAGGCACUCUCCCACCAGAAGCAGUUUCAAAUUGCACAAAUUCAGAUGCUGAGGCAGCAACAGGAAUCAGUGUGGGGUGGUAAAGGUGUUUACCAACGGAGGCAGAGUAACCAAAUGGGAGCAAGAAACAGAGGAGGAAGAAGUGUUAGGCCACUUGGCUUGUCUCCAUCUGCAUGGCCUUCGUUACAUGCUGCCAAGAACCAGAACAAGCACCACAAGCACCAUAAUCAGCAGCAACAGCAGCAGUACGGUUCUGGAAUGAGGGCUGUGUUCCUCACCAACCCUUCCACUACCAGGGAAUGUGCUGGCACUGGCGUCUUCCUCCCCCGUCGUGUUGAUACCCCUGAAACCAAAAAGAAGCCAGCGUUGGAGUUAGUAAAUGCAGGUUUCUGCCUCCAAUUGCUAAUAAAUCUGAAUGUUGAUGACAUGGUGGGGUGCCUGCCGCAUCGAUUCAAUUCCAGUUCAAACAUGGAAGAACAUGUUGUUAGUCCAAGGCUCAGAAGCAAUUAUGUCCAUACGUCUCAGCAGAAGCGCAACACGAGGCCCCAGCACGCACUCAACAGUAACAAUGAAAUCAAGCUGCCGCAGGAGUGGACAUAUUGAAGUUAAAUUCAUAUUCAUCCCUUUUGUUUGUAUGGGGAAAAAUGGAAUAGUAAAUCACUUCUUUUGUUAUUUGGUUUUCGAAUUAGAGGGAUAAAAUCUAGGGUAGGAAAUUGAAAGUGUUUAGAAGGGAAAUGUAGUGUAGUCUUCUUCUACAGGGUAUGUUUGUGAGGUGGGUUAUAGAUAUGAUUUUAUUUUACUAUUAUUUUAUUUUUUUUUU